AUGACAACUGUCGGUGAAAACAAAACUGGAAGCAAUAUUAGUUCGGAGUUAACUUUUUCGGACUAUUUAAUCAGUGGGAAAUUUUUUCUAACUGCUCUCGAAUUUUACUAUGAAUUACUUGAGCGUGGCAUUUCUUGUAGUCUAUUGGAGGACUUUUUCUCAAAUCCUGAGAAUUUCUAUAAACCUGAAUUAACUCAGUUGGAUGUCUUGUCUAUAAACUCACGCGUAAGUCUCUCAACCCUAGAUUCGGCCGAUCUGCGUUCUGGUAGUGAAGAUCAGAAUUCUCUAGAAGAACAACUGAAAGGUAAUCAUAACUCUGUUGCAGCCCCUAAAGGCUUGGAACCGAUUGCCUCCCCAACUCCGACAAAUUCAGAGUGUGGGACUUUUCGGGAGACGGUGGAUCCAGCUUCAAACGCAGAAUUGCGUGCUCUGCGGUUUCUUAUCAAUGAGCAUCUUCUCAAUAAUGGAUAUAGAAUGAGUGCUGUACAGUUCGCUGAGGAGUGUGAAGUUGAUGAUCAACAAGAUCUAGACGAUUGGAACGAUGUCGGUCUCACCUGUGACCGCCCAUCAGAUCUUCUCACGCUUCUCCGAUCCUCCUGGUUUCUUCCGCGCCAUGUCGCUUCCCCUCGAAAUCAUCCCCAAGACCAACAGGUUGCCAGCAAAAGUCGCUCUUCUGUUCCUAUUACACCCACUCUAUCAAGGAGGAGUGGUUAUAUGGUUGAUGGAGAGGCGCAGACAAACCUCUCUGCUGAAACCAUAGUAGAGGAGAUGGAGGCUAGUAGAACUGCGCUCUCAGUGCUGAAAUGCAAUUUCGAGGCUAGUAAAGCGGAGUUGGAAGUCGCCGUAAGUCAAUUUCAACUCUUAAAUUUAUUCAUGUGCCAAUGCCGAAGAUGGAAGGUGAUAUCCCAAGUUGGAAAACGUUUUCUUUUACUUGGCAGUGUCAUGGAAUCACCCUAA